CCUGUCUGGAUUUUGAGUUAGCUCACUAGAUCUAGGUGGGCGAUAUGAUGUGUUAUAUAAAAUUGAUCGUUGUUCACAGAUCUACGCAGAUAAGGGGGGCUACUCUGUAAUGCAAUGCGUAACGCAAUGCAAUGCGAAAAUGAAAUGCGAUGCGAAAACUAUUUGGCACUCUGUAUUGCUAUCGCAUCGCUGACAAUGUUGCUUCUUUUAUUUUUGGUUUUUUUCUUGCUUAAGUUGGCAAUAGUGAGCACAAGUGUCAAAGAAAGAGAGAUCAAAACAAACAAAGUAACUAAAAUUUGAAGAAGUAAUUAAAAUAUUUGUUUUAAAAAUGGACUCUGUGGCAUUGUGGGACGAUUCAAAUGAUGAAAGGAUUGAGAGGAGAAUUAUUAGAGAUAAUUCCAACGUUAUGAGCCUCAGCGAUAGAAGGUGGGUGAUCUAAAAUGCUUUAUUUAAAAUGUACACUAAACUAUGUUCUUGUUCUGGGUAUUUAGUUUUGUGCAGAAUUUUCGUCUGACUAAAGAGGCAUUUUUAUAUGUGCUAAAUAACAUUAAAAAUGAGCUAAAAGUUGCGCAAAGGUCCACCGCAAUCCCCGAAAUGAUAAAGCUUUCCAGCACCUUAAGGUUUCUUGCUCAGGGUGGGGACCAACAUUUGAUUGGUCAAGACCGUCAUGCAGAGCUGGCACAGCAAACGGUUUCUAGUUGCAUUUUUGAAGUUUGCAAAGCGAUCGAGAAGGUGCUGUAUGACGAAUGAGGAGAAAUUAGAUGCCAGCAGAAGUUUUUACUCGGCAUGUGGAAUUCCGGUAGUAAUUGGAGCGGUAGAUGGAACGCACAUUCAAUUGAUAAGGCCAUAAAAAGAUGAACAUUUAUUUUUCAAUAGGAAGUUAAAGCACAGCAUAAAUGCAAUGGUGAUAUGUGACCACAAAAUGCGUAUUAGGGCUGUUAAUGGUACAUUUGGAGGUGCGUCGCACGAUUCUCACAUAUGGAAUUUAUCAAACGAACGUGAUUAUAUGAACACCAAAUACGAAAAUGUAGAUAACAAUACACAAAUCCUUGGAGACUCAGAAUAUCCGCUGGAGCCAUGGCUUUUAACCCUAUAUAGAAGUGCUACGGAAAAUUCUGAUGAACACAUCUUCAAUCAGAAAUUGUCGAAAGGAAGGUCGAUAAUUGAAAGAGUUUUUGGUGUGUUGAAAGGACGAUUUCGUUGUCUUUUAGCCGCAAGGGAGCUGCAUUAUGCUCCAAUAAAAGUGGUGCAAAUACUUAAUGCAUGUUGUGCUCUUCACAACAUUUGUAUUUUGUACAAUGUGGAAACCCCUUCAAUAUCGAAAUUGAACCAGAAGAAGUAUCCGCGGUUAAUGUAGACAAUAUGGAAAAUGAUAGUUUUGGAAAUAUUGCUAGAAGUAUAAGAGAUCAAAUAAAAAAUUAUAU